AUGAACCCCGGGUACCCCCCGGAGCUGCCCCCGGAGCCCCCCAAAGCCCCCCCGGGCUCGGCUCCGCUGCCCUACGGCUACUUCGGCAGUGGCUACUACUCGUGCCGCGUGGCUCGCGGCUCCCUCAAGGCUGGCCCGGCUCCUCAGGGCCCUUUCCAGGCUGAGAAAUUCCUGGAAGCUCCCGGAGGAAGCGGAGAGGAUUUCCAGAACCGUCCCGCCGAGUUCGCCUUUUACCCGGGUUACGGCGGCGCGUACCAAGCCGUGCCGGGUUACCUGGACGUGGCCGUGGUGCCCGGGCUGGGCGAGCCUCGCCACGAGCCCUUGUUGCCCGUGGAUGGGGGCUACCACCAGCCCUGGGCGCUGGCCGGGGGCUGGGGGGGCCAAAUGUGCUGCGGCAAGGAGCAGGGCCAGGCGGGAUUCCUGCUGAAAUCCGCCUUCGCAGACACCGCCCCCCAGGAGGGCUGCUCUCUGCGCCGCGGCCGCAAGAAGCGCGUUCCGUACAGCAAGGGGCAGCUGAAGGAGCUGGAGAAGGAAUUCGCCAGCAGCAAAUUCAUCACCCGCGAGCGCAGGAGGAAAAUCUCGGCCGCCACCAACCUGAGCGAGCGGCAAAUCACCAUCUGGUUCCAGAACCGCCGCGUCAAGGAGAAGAAAGUGGUGGCCAAAAUCAAAAACAGCGCCAGCGGCACCCCCUGA